AUGGGAACGCUAGAACGUCGUUUCUCGGAGACCACGGGGUUGACUGACCAGAACGUCCGCGACGGAGUGGUUGGAAUAUAUCUCGUCGGUGGAGUAGUCGACUCGCAUUACGACUACACUUGCCACUACGGCUUUGGGAUGCUGGAUAUUAGGGUAGCCCCCGUCUUCAUGAAAAAACUAUACGAGGACGACGACUCUCAACCCGGAGACAAUCUGGAAGUAAACCACCGCGAACUGGAGGAGUCCCUGGAGCUUGGUCUCAGGGAGUCCACGCCAACCGGUGGCCCCAAAGAUUCACGGGCGUUUGCACAGCAGUUUAUCUACGGGGAAUCUUUUACGGAUUAUGCCAGACGGUUGGAAGUUGAUGCGGGGGAAUCGUCAGACAUGCCUGACAAUGAAGUCGAAGCCUUAGGGUAA